UUUUGAGUAUCAGCAAGUGCAGAACAAGGAACAGGCUCAGAUUCACUGAAGGAGGCGGAGAGUGGCGCACACAAGAUAACCGUUGUGGAGUUAAAGUAUUCUUUAGCACCAAAAAAGAUAAAUCUAUUGACUUAAAAAGACUUCAGCGAGGAAGCAGGAAACAAAAACAGGUUCUAUCCCCGUCAGAGUUGGUGUGUGUUACCUCCCAGUGGUCUGUGGUCCUCUCCCUGCGCUGAAAAAUGAGUCUGAGCAACAGUGAGCUAGAAGACCUGUGGGAGUCGUUCGGGGAACUCAACUUCUCCGAAGCCUUCAGCAACAUUUCCAGUGUGGAUACAAUGGUGUGUGCCACAGCUUUCAACCGCAACGCUCUGCUGUAUUCCAUGUGUAUCCUUUACACAUUUAUCUUCGUCGUCGGUCUGGCUGCCAACGCUCUGGUCCUCUGGGUUAACAUACGUGCACAAAGAGACUCCACCCCUCGCCAUGAGACACACAUGUACAUCGCCCACCUGGCAGUCGCAGACCUGUGCGUGUGCGCCACCCUGCCCGUGUGGGUGAGCUCUCUGGCACAGCAUGGCCACUGGCCCUUGGGUGAGGUGGCAUGUAAACUCACACACCUACUGUUCUCCGUCAACCUCUUCAGCAGCAUCUUCUUCCUGGCCUGCAUGAGUGUGGACCGCUACCUGAGCUUGACGAAGCAUGGAGACGACGAGGGGGGAGCGCGCAGGAAGGUAUUCCGCCGCGCAGCGUGUGUGGGAGUGUGGCUUUUGGCUUUGGUUGCCUCCCUGCCUGACACCUACUUCCUGCGCACUGUGAAGUCAACACAUGGGGACACCAUGCUGUGCAGGCCUGUGUACCCGGAGGGAAACCCCAGGGAGUGGAUGGUGGGCGUGCAGCUGAGCUUCAUCCUGCUUGGCUUCGUUCUCCCCUUCCCCGUCAUUGCAGUGUUUUACGCCCUACUAGCCAGAGCUUUCUCCCGCUCCUCUUCUUCUUCAUCGUCUUCCACGGUGGAGCAGGAGCGCCGCGUGAGCCGCAGGGUUAUCCUGGCAUACAUAGUGGUGUUUCUGGGCUGCUGGGGGCCCUACCAUGGCGUCCUCCUGGUUGAUGCCCUGUCUCAGAUGGGUCUGGUGCCUCUGACCUGUGGCCUGGAGAAUGUGAUCUAUGUGGCCUUACACCUCACCCAGUGCCUGUCCUUGCUCCACUGCUGUUUCAACCCCAUCCUCUACAACUUCAUCCACAGAAACUACCGCUAUGACCUCAUGAAAGCCUUCAUCUUUAAAUACUCCACAAGAACAGGCUUGGCUCGCCUAAUCGAUGCUUCCAACAUGUCAGAGACUGAGUACUCAGCUGUAGCUGUAGAAAACCCACCACAGAUCUGAAAUGUAACACCUAAAAUAGCAUUUCUUUCUGAACACGGUUUCUAAAUCUGAAUGACUGUAAUGCAAUAUAAACAUGUGUCACAACUGAUUUAUUCUUAUCAUAAUCAGUCCACACACAGGAUCCUUUGUACAGAAAUCAGCUUGAGUCAUGUAGGAAAACCUGAAGACGUUCAUGGAUAAAGCACUUAGAAAGCAGUCUUAUAAAAACAACUGAUACUGAAUUCACAAAAAUAUCAUUUGUAAAGCCAAAACAGUAGCUGUAAAUGUGUAAAAUUAUUGCUUGUAAUGUGUUUUAAUCAAUUUGUAUUUAUAUAUUUACAUUUGAACUGUUUUGCCUCUUUUAUGUUGUAAAUCUUUCGUGUUGUAAGUCUUCACACACUGAUGUCUGCUCAGUGCUUCACUUCACACAAUGCUGCUUCAUCAUUUUAGUCGAGCCACUGACCGGCUUAGUGUUUUAGUCCUGCUGUCUUAUUGUUAACCAUAACCUCAUGUCACAUCGGUUGAUCCCUUCCGACAAAAUGUGUUAAUCUUCCAUACUUAAAAUAGUUCCACUUUUGGGGGAAUUUUGCUUAGAGUUAGAUACAAUUCUCAUGCUUGUACACUCAAUAUGAAGCCACAACUUGCUGCUGAUAAGUUUAGUUUAGUAUAAGAACUGGAAACGGGGAGAAAAAUCUCUCAAUAUUACAUUUUUUUUCGUCUAAUCUUUGCAAAGGACAGAUUUUUUGGGGGGGAGUUUAACAUGCUGAACCAUUUCUUUUUGGACGUAGUGACUUUGUGUUGUCUUUGCGCCAAGCCAAGUUAAGAUAAUCACAUGUCCACUUUAGUUUCAUAUUUAGCAUACUCGCUGCAAGAAGGCAAAAAGGCAUUCUCCCAAAAUGUCAAGCUGUUUCUUUCAAGCGAGCUGAGCUGUUGUGAUUACAAAUUAUUUACAAUGUCCUCACAGCACAUUAUUCACUUUGCAGUUGUGUUUUGGUUCUAAAUAUUUCGAAACAUUGUCUGGAGGGGUCAACUGGGACUACUGAGCUUGAAGAGCAGAUAAAUUACUUGUUUUCCACAGAAUUACAUAAUAUUCUGCCGUAUAUUGUUGCUAUACUUUAAAUCAGUGCUAAAAGUGGAGAGCACAUGUCCAUGAUGUAUUAAUCCUUCUAAAUCAGCACACAGACCACAGACGGCUAAAACUUUUAUGACCACAUACAGAAUGAAUAGGUUCUCCACUUAAUGUAAGCAGCAGCUAUGGUGUGUAACAACCAAGCAAAACAACAUCAUUGUUUUACAUUAUUGUUAUAUGUGUGCAUUAAAGUGUGUGUGCAUGCCUAUGCAGUCAUAGCUUGACAGCCAGAAACUAUGCUUUAUGUGUCAUAAAAAUUGAGUUAUACAGUUUACUCACUGUCUGUUGUAGGAAGCAACAUAUUAUUUUGUUAUGCUGACAUGAGAUCAGUUACACAUGAAUGUCUUUACUCCGAAAAGAUUUCAUCUUGUCAUCAGAAACGACUGGGGACACUAACAUGUUUCUACACGAACAGAGACAUUCCUUUGGUAUUGUAAUGCGUAACAUCUGUUUUGUUAUAUAUUAAAUUUUAGAAAAUG